ACAGCCUGGCCCGUCCAAGACGAGGCCCAAAACUGUCUCCGGUCGCGUGGUCUCCUGUCCUCCACGGCCGGUGCUCGACUGCUCGCCAUGGCUUCCGGUGCCGCGGCCGCCGCCCGCCGCGUCCUUCUCCUCCGCCACCGCAACCGCGGCCACCAGAACCUCCUUCCCGCGCAACACUUCUCUUCCGCCGCCGCGGCCGACGGGUUGGAUGGCGGGGACGGCGGCGGCCGCGUCAAGAUCUUCGACCGCGACCUGAAGCGCCGGCACCGGGACCGGGCGGCGUGGGCGAUGCGGGAGACGGACGCGCUCGCGGACGCCGUCGCCGAUAACCUCCUCGACCGCCUCGAGGACUGCAGGAAGGCGUUCCCCUCCGCGCUCUGCCUCGGCGGCUCCGCCGGCGCCGUCCGCCGGUUGAUCCGCGGCCGCGGUGGAAUCGAGAAGUUGACCAUGAUGGACAUGUCGGCUGAAAUGGUGAAGAAGUGGCGAGAGUUGGACAAUGCUGCUGGAGAUGGCCUUGAGACACAUUUUAUCGUUGGUGACGAAGAGUUUCUUCCAAUUAAAGAAAGCUCCCAGGAUUUGGUAAUGAGUUGUCUUGGGCUUCAUUGGACCAAUGAUCUACCUGGAGCAAUGAUACAGUGUAGGUUGGCGUUGAAGCCUGAUGGCCUUUUUCUUGCAUCAAUUCUUGGUGGAGACACUCUAAAGGAACUAAGAAUUGCAUGCACGAUUGCUCAAAUGGAGCGUGAGGGAGGCAUCAGUCCUCGAAUGUCCCCUUUAGCACAAGUGCGUGAUGCAGGAAACCUUUUGUCAAGGGCCGGCUUUGCCCUUCCAGGAGUUGAUGUAGAUCGGUACACAGUCAAGUACAAUAGUGCCCUGGAAAUUGUGGAACAUCUUAGAGCAAUGGGAGAAACAAAUGCUCUCUUUCAAAGAAGCCCUAUAUUGAAGAGAGACACAGCACUAGCCACUGCAGCCAUUUACCAGUCAAUGUUUGGGUUAGAAGAUGGAACCAUUCCAGCAACCUUUCAGGUAAUUUACAUGACUGGCUGGAGGGAGCAUUCAUCACAGCAAAAAGCUAAGCAAAGGGGUUCUGCCACCGUAUCAUUCAGUGACAUAAGGAAACAAUUUGGUUCCGACCAGGACUGAACUUUUCAUCAAACGAAAACAUCUGUCGAAAAGAAAUCCCCUAGUGGCUCAUAACAGAACCUGAGGCUUCCCGUUUGCAGAAAGCAAUCGUGGUCUGAAGAAUCCCUCCCGUUACAUCGUUCACGAUUGCCUUGUAAAUAAUUCAGUGUCGGUGCGACGGUACUGAGUUCAAGGGAGUACAUAAUGGUGUGAACCUCACCUGUAGGGCUUUCCGUGCCGUGUUUACAAUGUUAUAUGAGAUGCAACUAGUGUUGUUGUGGUUGAGAUCUGCUUAAGUUCGACGGGGAUACUUGCAAUUAACAUGUCCCGUCAAGACUGAGAAGUAGAAAACGUACUUGCCAAGUUUUCAUUUGUUGUUGAUGGUUUGUAAUCGUAUGCAUAACACUGGAUGUUGAAGGUCGUUUUUACCAUCAAAGUUGAGAAUAUAGCAGUAUUAUGGUCUGCUUAGCUAUUCUUUA